AUGGCUAGAAAAGCUGGAAGCUUCUUCAAAAAUGAGAAGAGUAAAAAAUUCAACAAGUCAAAACAUGGUGGUAAAAUAGAAAAGCAGACAAGCAAUAAAAUAGUUUCCAAUGGUAUUUGGAAGUCUAAAGGUGGCAGAUCAUCCUUGAGAACAAUUUCUAAAGUUUCAACAUUUGCACAAAAUGAAAAUGAGGAAUUACACAAGAAUAGCGAGAAAAUUGAAGCCAACACAGAAGUUGAAAGUGAUGCAGAGAAGUACCAUAGUAAUGAAAAAAGGAACAAUCGAAAUAACAACAAUGCUCAAAACUCAUUUGAGGCGCUUGUUGCUAUAUUAGAAAAUGAAAAUGAUCAUAACUCGAUUCAAUAUAAUGAUAAGAUAGCUUUGAAUGACAGAAAUAUUAGUAACAACUCUGAUGAGCUUCUUAUUGCCAUGAAAAGUGAAGACGAUACUGGAAAUCAUAGUGAAAAUGAUAGUGAAAAUGAUGAAAGUGACCAAGAUAAUCAAGAAGUUGAAGAUUCUGAUGAAGGUGAACCAAACUUAGAAAUAAAAUUGGGAGCUGAUCCAUUUGACUAUCACUUUUCUAGUCCCGAUAGCGAUGUUCUCGAUAGAUAUGAAUCUUUCUUUGAAAAGAACGAAAAUUCUAAAUGGUUAACAAACAAAUAUCUUGUUGAUGAAAUGAAUUAUAUGGUUACUGUUAAUCUUCCUCCAAUCCAAAAUGAAUUAUCCCUCAACCGAAUUCAGGAGGACUGCACCCUGAGAAAUUACCAAAAUUAUUUGAAGAACGCUCUUACAAAUUAUCAUAUCAAAUCAAGAUUGAAAAGCUCACUAGAACUGAAUAAUUUUAAAUUAUCAAAUAUUCAAAAACUACUAAUCGAUCCGAUGUUCACGUACAAGGAUAUUGUAUUUCCAUACUAUGAUUAUUUGAACGAAUCAGAAGUGAGAGAUUUAUAUUCAGUACAUGUAAUAAAUCAUGUAUAUAAAACGAGGGAUCGAAUUCUUAAAAAUAAUACCAAAAUGUCUGCAUAUAAAGAGAAGCUACGAGAAAAUAAGAAUCAAAGAAAUAAUCUAAAUGAUAGCCAUCACCUUGAGGAACCUGAUGUUCAGGACCAAGGAUUCCAUAGACCCAAAGCAUUAAUCUUGUUGCCAUCAAGAAAUUGCUGUUUUGAUCUAAUCAAAAAAAUGGUAAAAAUUACAAACUUAAAACAAGAGAAUAGAAAAAAGUUUGAAACACAAUUUGCCGAUGACUCUCUUGCGAAUGAGUUUAAGCCAAAGGAUUUUCAAUAUUUGUUUAAAGGUAAUAACCACGAUUUCUUUUACAUUGGUAUCAAGUUCACAAGAAAAUCUAUAAAAUUUUAUUCGUCAUUUAAUCAGUCAGAUGUUAUAUUAGCUUCACCAUUAGGGUUGAAGGGGUUUUUAGAGAGUAAUUUAAAAAAAAAGGAACAGGAAGAGUUUUUGAGUUCAAUAGAAAUUUUAGUCAUCGAUCAGGCAAAUACAAUACAAUUUCAAAAUUGGUCAAAUAUUUCUUUCAUCUUACCAUUUAUUAAUAAAAAAUUGACUACUCAGCCAAAGGAUUUGGAUUUCAGUAGAGUCAGAAUGUGGGCAAUUAACGAUAAUUAUAAACUAUUGAGGCAAAAUUUAAUUUUUUGUAAAUUUUUAACUCCAGAAAUAAAUAAUUUGUUGUCAUAUAAAAAUACGUUAAAUCUAUCGGGAAAAGUCAAAUUUAAAAAAAUUUUUAAAUCGGAGUUGGCAUCAAUUAAUAAGAUUGGAUUUAAAGUUAAACAAUAUUUCACCAGAUUCAAUUCAAGCAGUCCCCUAAACGAUGCAGAUGAAAGAUUUAAAUAUUUUAAGAUGAAUGUUGUAUCGAGUAUAUUGAAGCAACAACAUGAUGAUCAAGACGAGGGAGGGACAUUGAUUUAUAUAUCGUCAUAUUAUGAGUAUUUGAGGAUAAAAGAUUAUUUAUCGAACAAGACCUCAUUAGACUUUACAUCAAUUGACGAGUAUUCGACCCAAUCUAAAUUGAGUAGAAAUCGAGAUUUAUUUUUUAAAAACAGAUAUAAAAUCAUACUAUACACUGAGAGAUUGCAUUUUUAUAAUAGAUUUGAUAUUAAGGGAGUUAAGAAUAUUAUUUUUUAUAACCUACCAAGUGACGAAGUUUUUUAUUCAGAGAUUAUAUUACGAUAUUUGAGUAAUUCAAUGCUUAAUAAUAUCAUUAAGGAUAUCAAUUUAUGUUUUGUAAGGGUUUUAUAUUCUAAAUGGGACCAACUUUUAUUAGAGAAAAUUGUGGGAGAAGACAAGACACCAAUAAUGUGUUAUUCAAACAAUGAGACAUAUGAGUUUAGAUGA